CAAAGCUCACGAAAAAAAGAAAAGCAAAACAAAAACAUUUGCUCAGUGGCCCCGCGGUCAUAUCAACGUCCACAAAAGCAUCAGAAAACGUGACCUGGAUGAUGGUGAAAAGGCAGAACGUAAAGGGAGCAAUAGUGACCCGCGGAGAGCUUCGAGUUCUGUAGCUGUGACAGUUUAGCAGAUUACUAGUUUAGCCUAGCCUAGUUUAGCUGUUCCUGUCCAUGACGUCCCCAGUAGGUCUUCCGCUGCUCGGCCCUGGCCGGGCUGCUUCAUCCUCACUCUCGCCUGCUGCGGCUAAGCCGCCUCUUCCUCGUCAGCAGCUCCACUCUGCUGCCUCCACCCCGGGCGGUAUGAUGGUGGAGUCGGUGGACGAAGCAGAGGGUCUGUACGUGGCGGUGGAGCGAUGCCCUCUGUGCACCACCUCCCGCCGCAGGCUCACCUGUGCCCGGUGCGUUCAGGCCGGAGACUUCGUGUUCUUUGACGGGAGGAACAGUGAAAGAUACUCUGAGAAGUUGGGGAGGCUAAAGAAGCUCAAGGAGGAGAAGGAAAAACUGCAGCAGAGUGUCCUACAUGCGAUGGGCAAAAGGCUGCAGGCUGAUGAGAUGAAAUGGAAGAUCAUGCUGUUUAAGAUAAAGAUUGAGCAGCUGAAGGAGGCGGUUGCCUGGGGCAAUGGGGAGGUGAAGCAUAAUCGUGAGGUCCUCCUGCGCUCUCAAGAGGAGGCUCUGCGGCUCCAGCGCCGCGCAGUACGGCACCAGGAGAAAAGGGACAAAAUCGAGCGCCACAACAGGCGUCUGGGGGAGCUGUUGGAGAGGCGCAACCGAGAACACCAGAGCAAACUGAGUCAACUGGCGGCUCUCAGACGAGAGCACAUCCUGGAGCUCACCACGCACAUUUUCACUAUGCAAGAGGAGAAGCAAGGCAGCAGAGACCCAGCUGAUGUCACAGCAGAGUGCGACCUUGCUCUGACCUCCAGCACAGUGACCGAGUUGGCAGAGGCCCGGAGAACCACCUACCUGUCUGGACGCUGGAUCUGGGAUGACCAGAAUGGAGAGACCAGCAUCAGCAUCACAGGCGCUCCGGUUGCUUUGCGGAGCAACGGAGACUGCUCCGCCUACUACAGCUGGGUGGAGGAAAAGAGCACCAGCCCUGGUCCAGAGCUUGACCACAUUAAUCCAGCUCACACCAUCAGUGCUGCACUUUGCUACGCCACCCAGCUCGUCACCAUUCUGUCCCACAUCCUGGACGUCAACCUGCCCAAGAAGCUCUGCAACAGCGAGUUCUGUGGAGAGAAUCUUAACCGGUACCGCUUCACCAGAUCUUUGAACAAGCUCAACACCAACAUCCUCCACCUCUGCUUCUCACAGCAUGUCAACAGUGAUAAGCUUCACCCUCAUCACACUCUCAGGAACAUCAUGUUUCUGGUUGCCCCUGACAACGACAACCUGGGCCGGACUGGUCCAUUUGAAGUGAGCUCUGACUUGGAAGAGUCAAUGGAGUUUGUUGAGCCAGAGGUGUCGGGGCCAACUGAGGAGAGUGGAGAUGAAGCGGUGACAGAUGAGGAGACGGACCUGGGAACGGACUGGGAGACGGUGCCCAGUCCACGAUUCUGUGACAUCCCCUCUCAGUCCAUGGAUCUUUCCCAGAGUGCUCUGCAGGUUUCCCAGCCAUCGGGUAAUCCUGGAGGGAUGAUUUCAUCUGCUGCUGCCUCGGUCACCUCCUGGUUUCGUACUUACACAGGCCAGCGUUGACCCAGCCCCAUUAUGUGAAAAUCCGGACUGGGAUCAGGUCAGACCAGAGGUCUGACAUUAGCCAAAAUAGACUUCGGAUUGUUUUUUUAUCUCUAAGGUUUUUUUGUCUACUGUUGUAUCAUGAAGCAACUAAAAGAUUUUGCAUAAAAAAUGAGACUCAGAUCAGGUAUACCGACUGCAGCUUUAGAAAGAGCAGUGUGACACAUGGAACUGCUGUCAGGAGCUGGAACCCUGCACACUAACAUGCUGAAAUGUUUCAGUUCUAUUUGUUAUAUAUCCUAUGAACAGCUGUCUGUAUGAUGGCUAUCCUGGUUCAUUUGUAUUAUUGCUAAAUGCACAGACAUAGCUCUAUUUGAUGUGUUUGGAAUGUGAACAGUCACAAUCUGUUUUUGACUUCAAUAAAAGGAUUUUCCUGGA